AUGCGGUGGAGUUCCACGACUAUUUGCCUUGCGCUCGUGCUAGGAUGGUUGACCCUUUCGGCUGUGGCAGUGACGCAACGGCGAAUCAUCCCUAUCGACAGCUACGGCGCCCAACCGUCGCUUCGGUUCUUCCAGUUCAUUUCGGCGGGUUCGCAGCUGACCGUGGCGAUGCGCGAGUUUGCGGACACGUACACGGCCGAGUCGAAUGGGACGGAAGUCGUGUCUGUGAUGCGAACGAAUCUCAACGAGAUUGACGACCGCGCCGUCUACGAGUAUUGGCUGCGGACGAUCGGAGCGCCGGACGUGCUGCAGAUCUACCUUGGCGCCGGCUCCAAGGACUUUAUCAACAGCGGACACUACCUCGACCUCUCGGAAAUUUGGGAGCGUUACGGAUACGACGGCGAUAUCAUUGAGGCUGCAGCCGACUUUGUGCUAGGCGACGACGGCAAACCGUACGCGAUUCCCGCGAUGGCGACGGGUAACAUUUGCGUGUACCGCGGACACAUUUUUGACAAGUACAAUCUCUCGCCGCCAAAGACGUGGGCGGAGCUCCUGGAGGUGUGCGCCGUGCUGACUGCCAACGGCGAGGGCUGUCUCGGGCACGAUCUGGAGUGGAUGGCGCCGACGCAGUACUUUGACAACCUCGCCAUUCGCAUGCACGGCAACGACUUUUACUCGCAGUUCCUCCUCGCCAACGUGUCGUUCACGGACCCUCGGAUCCGGGCAACGUGGGCGCAGCUUCUCCCGCUCAUCGACCGCGGCUUCUGGUCGCGCAAGCCCAAGCUCGAUCAGCCCGGGCGGUUUGCCCUCGACUGGCUCCCACACUUUGCGUCGGGCGAUGUGACGUUGUGGUGCGGCUUUGACUCGAUUGCUGCUGGCGCUGUCCCGUUGGGCGCGCCCGCUGAAGACAUUCUGGCCUUCAAGUUCCCGGACUACCACGGGUCGGGGAUGACUGUCGAGAACGGGCCUGGCAACAACGGAGCGCUGACGGCGAUCAUUGCAUUCGGCGUCCCCAUCAACUCGGCCUUUCAUGAGCGCGCGCUCAAGUUUGUCGACUACAUGGCCAACACCACGAACCAGGCGCGGGUGGUGAUGAACAACAAGCCGGGCAUUUACACGCCGCGGCGCUCGCUGCGGGACCUGCUGAAGUCGAAUCGGACGCGGCUGACAUAUGAAGAGCUGGUCAAGGCCGAUCGCGCGUUCGAACGGUCUAGCCUUGGUGGCUUUGGCUUUGUAGAGGUUCUCUCGCAGUGGCAGAACCUGACAUUUACGCUGCUUAGCAUGCCAACGGCCUCGGAGGCGUUUGCAGUCUUUGACGCCGCAGCGCCGCAGCUGGAGGCUGUCCGACUCUCGGCAGUGCUGAAGCAGACGGCGUCACCCGAGGCUCAGCCCCCUUCGGGCUCGUUCUCCGAGCCUGUUGAAGUGACGCUGACCUCGCUCACGCCUGGCGCCGUCAUCUACUACACCAUCGACGGCUCUGCUCCGUCGCUCACCUCGACCAUCUACGCAGGCCCUGUCCGGCUGUCAUCGUCGGGCACGAUCACGUUGCGAGCGGCGGCCAAGGCUGGCGAUCUCAAGCUCUCCGAUGUGACUGCAGCGUCGUACGCGCUCACCCUGCCUGUGCCUCCGCCAGACUCGGGGCUUGGCCUCCUCCUCGCCAUUCUGCUCCCUGUCCUCGCGUGCGUUUUGCUCUCGACCAUCAUUGCAGGAUACAUCUUCUACCGGCGCAAGGCGGUGACGUACAAGUUGAGCUCAGACUCGGACCUUGUCAUUGCUCCCGAGGAGCUCACGCUGGGCAAAGCGGUGGGAGCCGGCUCGUAUGGCACGGUGUACGCCGGCAAGUGGCGGGCGACGGCGGUAGCGGUCAAGCGGACGCGGACCAAGAACAUGACACCUGCCCAGCUCCGCGAGUUUGUGGACGAGGCAAGCAUGCUGCUCCGGCUGCGGCACUCCAACGUGGUCAUCUUCAUGGGCAUUACCCUCGAGCCGCCGCAGCUCGUCACCGAGUUUAUGGACCGCGGCUCGAUGUACGACGUGCUUCACUCCCCGAACCUCUUCCUCGACCCUUCGAUUGUCUUCAAGUGGUCGCACAACAUCACGCAGGGCCUGGUCUACCUCUCGCACGCUGGCGUGGUGCACGGCGACUUUAAGUCGCUCAACGUGCUCUUUGACUCGUCGUGGGUACCCAAGAUCUGUGACUUUGGCAUGUCGUCGGUCAAGGGCGACGCUGCGCUGUCGGCCGCCGACGACCGCUCCAAGCGGAAGCGCCGCAAGGGCAAGUCCAAGGUCGGGCCGGCUGACAAGGCUGGCCUUGUGAAGGACCCGUCGCUGCCAUCGCUGCCUUCGGCGUCGACCAAGUUUGGCUCCAGCACCGGGCUUUCGGACCUGUCGUUCUCGUCGUCGAUGACGGCCACAAUGGUCGACGACGGCGCACCGGUCAAUGUGGGCACGGUCUUCUGGUCGGCGCCCGAGGUUCUUGUCAACGGCUCGGAUGCCAUGACCCCGGCGUCGGACGCGUUCUCGCUCGGAAUCACGCUAUGGGAGCUCGCGACGCGUGCGGACCUGUAUCCGGGCGAGAAUGCGCUCGCGGUGGCGCUGGAGAUUGUCAACGGCCGCCGGCCGUCGACCGACAUUGUCCCGGCUGCCUUUUCGCCGCUGCAGCCGAUCUUUGUUGCGCUCUGGGGCGAGAACGUGGACCGGCGGAUGACGCUUGACGCGGCCGAAGCUGCGCUUGCCGGCCUGUACUCGCCGGCGCGCGUGGUGUACCCGACGACGGCCGAAGACCCGUCAGGCGAGAUCCUCGCCGUCCACUGCUGCCUCCGUGGUGCGCGGAAGCUUCUCCGUGCCGACCUCGAAGUCGCUGCCGGCGCACUGCGGACGUUCCACACCAUGGUGCCCGAGUUUGCGACUGAGCUUGGCGUCUCUGUCCUUGCGUGGGGCCUGGGCUGGGUCACGCUCGCGGUCCACCGGCCGCAUCAGCUUGUUUCGCUCGAGCAGCGGCUGACGGAGCUUCUUAUUCCGCCGGGCACUGGUGUGGCCAUGGUGGCCGCGCGGGGUGAUGUUGAGAUUGUCGAGUCACCAACGUACGACUCGCGCGAGCUCGCCGGACCAGUCAUGAUCGAGCUCAAGCAGGCGUGGACCGAGCUGUUUGGCAUCGAGAACGAUGCAUUCCUUGGCGACAACGAGAUCGGUGGAACGAGCGGACUUGGCGUUAGCACGACUCCCAAGCCGUCGUGCCCGCCCAAGGCGAGCAUGUGGGAGAAGACAGUGCCGAGCGGCUUGUUUGUUACCUCGCGCUCGGUCGUGACUGAGCUUCAGGUCGGUGGAAAGUGCCACGCACAGCCGCUUCCGUGGAAGCUCGGCGGCGGGGCUAUCGAGGUUUUCCAGGUCGUGCCUAUCGGCGCACCGACGGUCGUCGACGUGCUCGCGCGUGCAGCCGGAAGCCCCGUUGCCGGAGUCGCCACUAGCGAGAUGAGCGCCAGUGGCCCAGAUAUCGAACAGGCCGAUGACUGGCUCUUCUCGCGAGAAGACGUGGUGGCGCUCGUGAAACAGAGCGGGCGGAGCUGGAUGGGCUCGUUUGCUACAGCCCACGAGGCAGACACAACCUCGUCGAAGCAGCUGGUCGUCAAGACGCUGCUUCGGCAGGAGCUGAACGCGAUGGACGUGGUCCAGCUGGCGGAGCUGGCGCCAGUUCUCUCGGUCCUUGUCCCGCGCUACGACGCGGGUACGCUCCUCGACGCCAUGUCAGGCUCGUCCCCGCUGGUCCUCAACGCCGCCGCCAUGCGUGUGGUCAUGGGAGACCUGACUGCAGCGCUCGCGCGGCUGCACGUGGCAACGCAGCAGGCGCACGGCUCGCUCCGACCGGGCAACGUCGUGCUCGAGGCUGCCGGGACGACCAUCACCGCCGCUCGCAUCAUUGACUUUGGCAUGGAUGGCAUCAAGGCCAACAUGGGCACCAUGACCAUGGUUCCUUCGGUCGCAUACAUGUCGCCCGAGUCGCUCCGCGGCGACGUCAACAACGUUGCCGGUGACGUCUUUGUCAUCGGCACGCUCCUCUAUGAGCUCAUCUCUGGUUCGGCCGCUUUUUCGGGCUCUAACGCCCUCGAGGUUGGUUACCGCAUCUCGUCCGGCUUCCGCCCGCCCGUCAACGCCACCGCCGUCCCCUCGGACCGCGUUCGCGGCAUCAUUUCCUCAUGCUGGGUUGACGACGCUGCCUCACGCCCUUCCAUGUCUGAGCUGGUCACCUCAAUCGCAGCCUGCUCUAACGUCGACUUUAUUUCCAAGAAGUGA